GUUUCUAUUUGCACUUCAACGUCGAAGCCAGCACAAGUCAGUCAACUCGCACCCCUGCACUAAGACGCGCCGCCGCGGCCUCGAUUCGCUGAAAAGCGACGACUGCCCGCCAGCGCAAACAUGUCGACACCACCUCCACCUCCUUCUGCUGACACCAACAAGCCCGCCCCCGCCAAAAUGGACGCUUCGCAUGUCGUCGUGCGACUGCAACAGUCCAAGGGUCUGCAGGAUGCCUUUCGGGUGCACGUCCUGCCCGAAUCCCUCACCGACGCUGGCCUCAAGCUCAAUGAUAUCUGCCAGAUCACCAGCGAAGAUGGCCUGACCACCGGCUAUGGUAUCGCCUGGAGAGCAGAAGACAAGAUGGGCAGUAGACCCAAGACUCGCCCGGCCAAGAUGACUGAAACGUUUCGCGACUUGUACGACUUCAAGGACGGCUCCAAGGUCAAGAUUUCCCGCGCCGACACGAAAUUGUAUCCCGCCGACCGCAUUGUGCUCUACGACGUCACGCCUGAAGGGCAUAACAAGCCCGAUGUUGUUGACGAGACGAAUUGGGAGUGGAGCAUUGGCAAAUUAUUUGAGGACUCCGACGCUCUUGCUGCUGGCGUCUCUUUCGAAGUCACGGGUGCCAAGAAAUAUCGACGACGCUUUCACAUCGAACAUAUCGAAUCUGCUGGAGCACCAGACGGAAAUUGUUUGUAUCGUAUCCGACGAGGCACAUCGAUUGAGCUUCCGAAUGGCACCAUAUCCAGACUUACUUCCCCUGUGAAUGGCAACGGCAACGGCAAUCUCUCGCUCCACACCAAUGGCUUCCGAGGUCAGAUGAAUGGAGACACGACCCUGGAGCUGGAUCCGCAUCGCCUCGGGGGUUUGGUCGAGCAGAUUCGGAAACUGAACGCCGCCAUGGGCAAACUAGUGGAGGGCGCUCGAAUCGCCAAUGGUCACUCUCGUGCUCGCGCCGUCUUGCUUCAUGGCUACCAAGGAUGCGGAAAAACGACUGUCAUGAAAGCACUAGCAGAUAGUGGUUUCCGAAAAGUGUAUCGCAUUGAGCCUGACAGCAUACUCAGUGGGACUCUGAGCAAAGGACGAACUCAGAUCCGAGAGACCUUUCAGCAAGCUGCCGAGCGUGCCAACCAGCCUUCACUUAUACUGAUAGACAAACUCGAGACGCUGACGCCAAACGAAGAAGACAAGUUCUCGGACACAUUUAUUGACGAACUGGAACGGAUAAAAGACUGCCGUGUCAUGAUCGUCGCUGCAGCCCGGUCAAUCUCCGAUCUUAGUGCUUCCAUCAUUGGCCCAGAUGGAUUCUGGAGGCACGUUGAGAUACCCAUUCCAGAUGCCACUGCUCGUCAACAAAUCUUGAACGUUGCACGACAAAAGUCGCCUUUCGCGAAGGAUGACGUCUCUGCAGCAAUAGCAGCACGCACUCACGGAUACACUGGUGCAGAUUUACGGCUUCUCCACAGCAAGGCGUUGGACGAAGCAGAAGACAAGGAGGAAAGAGAAGCUGUAUCCCGAUUGAGAUCACCCAGUCUUCCUACUUACGAUGAGGCAAAUUCUUUCUAUCACCACUCCUCAGCCGGAGAGAGCUCCCGCCGUAACAUUGACCAUCAUGCUGAACCACUGGACGCUCAACUCGAAGAUUAUGAAAAAGCCCUGCCCAAUGUCGUCCCGACAGCACUGCGGGAGAUCUUUACAGAGAAGCCAAAGGUACAAUGGAGUAACAUCGGUGGCUCGGACAAGGUCCGCGAGUCUUUCGAUAAAAUUCUCGGCCUUCGACAAAACGACCGAGCCCUCCUCGAAGAAUUCCAGCGAAAGCCCGAAAAAGGUGUCCUCCUGUACGGUCCUCCCGGCUGUUCCAAAACCAUGACCGCUCAAGCCGUCGCAAACAGCUACAACUUCAACUUCAUCGCCAUCAAAGGAGCCGAACUCAUCAGCAAAUACGUCGGUGACUCUGAAAAGAAGGUCCGCGAAGUCUUCGCAAAGGCGCGCGCCGCGGCUCCGUGUGUCAUAUUUUUCGACGAAAUCGACGCAAUUGCCACUUCACGUGAUCUGGAUAGUGGAAGUAAGGGCUUAAAUGUCCUCACUACACUCUUAAAUGAGAUGGAUGGGUUUGAUGAACUGAAGGAUGUCCUCAUUUUAGCGGCGACGAAUAAACCCGAAUCGCUGGAUCCAGCUCUUAUCCGACCCGGUCGAUUCGACUCACAUGUGUAUCUCGGUCCACCGAAUUUGGCGGCGAGACAGGAUAUCUUCCGAAUCGCGUGCUCGGGCGUGCGUCUUGCAGAAGAGGUCAAAUUCGCCCUACUGGCGGGUAAAACUGAGGGGUAUUCUGGGGCGGAAAUUGUGAAGAUUUGUGAGGAGGCGAAGGAUUUGGCGAUUGGGAGGGUGAGGAGUGGUGAGGUGGCGGAGGGGGAAAUGAGGUGUAUUACCAUGAGGGAUUUUGAUUCGGCGAGGGAGGAAGUAAGGAGGGGGAUCACUGAGGAAAUGUUGCAGGGGUAUGAGAUGUUUGCGAAGAGGUAG